AUGGCUUCGCGAGGGGGUGGAAGUGGGAGGACGAGAGUGGGGCGUUAUGAACUGGGGAGAACUCUCGGGCAAGGAACAUUUGCAAAGGUGAAGUUUGCGAGAAAUGUAGCAACAGGUGAGGAUGUGGCCAUCAAGAUUCUUGAUAAAGAAAAGGUUCUCAAACACAAGAUGAUCAGCCAGAUUAAACGUGAAAUCUCGACCAUGAAAUUAAUCAGGCACCCGAAUGUCAUCCGCAUGUACGAGGUUAUGGCUAGCAAAACGAAGAUAUAUAUUGUUAUGGAAUUCGUAACGGGAGGUGAACUCUUUGACAAAAUUGCUAGUAGAGGGAGGCUGAAGGAAGAUGAAGCAAGAAAAUAUUUUCAGCAGCUAAUUAAUGCAGUAGAUUACUGCCAUAGCAGAGGCGUUUACCACAGGGACCUUAAGCCAGAGAAUUUAUUACUGGAUGCCAAUGGGAUUCUUAAAGUUUUAGAUUUCGGAUUGAGUGCUCUACCACAGCAAGUCCGGGAAGAUGGGUUACUUCACACGUCAUGUGGAACGCCAAAUUAUGUUGCUCCGGAGGUGAUCAACAAUAAGGGUUAUGAUGGAGCUAAGGCAGAUCUCUGCCCUUCUUGGUUUUGUCAUGUGAAACAGCGCAUCACAAUUUCCAAGGUUCUCGAGAAUGAGUGGUUCAAGAAAGGAUAUCAGGCACCUAUUUUUGAACAAGAGGAUGUUAGUCUUGUUGAUGUGAAUGCCAUCUUUAAUGAAUCUACCGACUCUCCAAGCCUUGUUGCGGAGAGGAGGGAGGAAAGGCCGGCGGCCACGCCAGUGACCAUGAAUGCCUUUGAACUUAUCUCUAAAUCUCAGGGUCUCAAUCUGAGUUCUCUCUUUGAAAAGCAAAUGGGGCUUUUUAAGCGAGAAACGAGAUUCACAUCCAAAUUUCCUGCAAAUGAGAUUAUCUCAAAAAUUGAACAAACUGUGUUGCCUUUGGGGUUUGACGUGAAGAAAAAUAAUUAUAAGUUGAAACUUCAAGGGGAAAAGUUGGGACGUAAAGGUCAUCUAUCAAUUGCAACAGAGAUCCUCGAGGUGGCUCCUUCACUUCAUAUGGUCGAGCUCAGUAAGGCCGGAGGAGAUACCUUGGAAUUUCACAAGUUCUACAAUAACCUCUCGACUGGAUUGAAAGAUAUUGUUUGGACAUCUGGUGAUGAAGCUAAAGAUGAAGUGAACAACGGUAUGACGACAUCUUGA